AUGGCGUCAAACAUGGAAAAGGGGGAAACGUCUCACCUCGGGGCCGCGGGGAGCUCGUUGGAAAAGCGACCGCUGCCCACUAAACGCGGCUCCACCGCCGCCCAGAGGCCCCACGGCGAGGGCGGGAUGGCGAAAAAGCCGCGCCAGGGCAGGACCCUCCCCCACGCCCCCGCCCGGGUCGGAGCGCCGCUACCAUUCCGGAAAUGCCUGAGGAAAGCCAGCGUCUUCCGCUUCCUCGAGCAGCCAGCAACCCACUGCUCACCCGCUGUGCCGCUGCGCCUCUCGCUCCGGCUGUGCUUUCCCGGGUGGCCACUCACGAACUCACUUCCGGCUCUGUCCGUCUGUGGCGUCGCCUCAUCUGCUCUCCGAUGUCGACACUAAGGUGUUUGCAAGUUCCGAG